CUCAAUCUCAGCCUCGCCAAACAUGGCUUCCCGGCCUCGACCCUCCACCGCAUCUCGACGGAACCCUCGCCGGAGAUUUUGGGUUCGACCCACUUGGGCUCGGCGAAGACCCACAUAGCUUGAAGUGGUUCGUCCAAGCAGAGCUAGUUCAUUCUCGCUUCGCCAUGCUUGGCGUCUCUGGAAUUCUCCUCACAGAUCUGCUUCGUGUAACAGGAAUCAGUGAAUUGCCAGUUUGGUACAAUGCGGGUGCUGUGGAAUAUGGCUUUGCCAAUAAGGAAACUCUCUUCAUUGUUCAGCUGCUGUUGAUGGGGUUUGUGGAAACUAAAAGAUAUAUGGAUUUCAAAAGCCCUGGAUCUCAAGCACAAGAAGGGACUUUCUUUGGAUUAGAAUCCGCUUUCGAAGGACUCGAGCCCGGGUAACGAA